CCUGCAGCGGUGGGGAGCCAGCCCAGAGGAGCAGGCCAACCAGAGGGGCUCUGUGCAACAGCUGCUGGACCCCAAGCUUCCCACCGGAGGGGAGCACGUCAGUAUUCUAUUCCGGUUGAAGAAGCAGAGAGGAAGUUCUUCCAUACAAAAGAAAAGAAAUUCAAGAACCGGCUGUACCCUCCACCCCACACCACCCUACAAGAAGGGGAUUCAGAAUCACAAUGAUACCGUUGAUAAUGAUGAUGAUGAAGGUGGUGGUGAGGAUCAAGUUCACAUGGACAAACUGAUGACAAAGCAGGACAUCUGGAAUGAUGAGUUCUGGCAGAACCCCUGGGACCAGGGAGGCCUGGUAGUGAUCAUUUUAUUCAUCACCACGAUCCUGUUUCUCAUUGUGUUUGCCAUUGUAUUUGGUUUUCUCCCUCCGCUUGAGAACAUCAACCAGUGUGAAGACUUGUGACCUGACUUUCUGGAGGCCAAGAAGGGGACCACCUGUUAGAUACUCUCAAAACACCAUGUACGUUUUCUUCAAAGCCUUUUCAGAGUCUGCAAUUAUACACUUUUAUUAAUGUAAUUAAUUAAUUUGUUAACUAAUAUUAUCUGAUAAGUGCCUGCCUUCCCCACUGGACCGAACACCACAAAAGCAGGUGAUGGGUUUCUGCUCACCAUUGUAUGCCCAUAUCCGAUGUGCCUCACAUACAGUCCAUUUCAAACAAUAUUUGCUGGUUGAAUAAA